AUGGACACCUGCGCCUCUGCCAAAGUUCCAAUGGGCUUCGGACACAAGAUCUUUGUCGACCCUUCGGGUGCUCCUGUUGAUGAAAAGAAGUAUUGUGGAAUGAUUAGAUCUCUACUCUAUCUCACAGCAAGACGUCCAGACAUAAUGUUUUCAGCAUGCUUAUGUGCUAGAUUUCAAGCCAACCCAAAGAUGUCUCAUCUUUUGGCUGUGAAACAAAUUUUCCGAUAUCUUAAAGGCACAAAGAGUCUCGGACUCUGGUACCCUGCAAAUGAAAGCUUCCUACUACAAGCAUAUGCAGAUUCAAACUAUGGUUGUCUUCAACUUGAUAGAAAAAGCACUUCAGGUGGUUGUCAACUCUUAGGUGGUCGUUUGGUUAGUUGGUCAUCCAAGAAACAGAACUGCAUUGCACUCUCUACAGCCGAAGCAAAAUACAUUGCUGCUGCCAACUGUACAUCAUAG